AUGGCAGCCCCGCGCUCGUUCACGAUUCGCGGGGUGGACGUCGAGUUCCCAUUCAAUCCGUAUGACUGCCAGCUCGUGUACAUGGAGCAGGUCAUCCAGUGUCUGCAGGAGGGAACGAACGCGCUGCUGGAAAGCCCGACGGGCACCGGCAAGACGCUGUGCUUGCUGUGCGCUGCGCUCGGGUGGCGCCAAGCCGCGGUCGCCGCCCAUCAGCUCGCCAAGCUCGACAACCGGUACGGCGGCUUGACAUUGCCAUCUGGCGACCAACAGCAGCCGGGGGACGAGCUUGUGUCGAGCGAGGCCAAGGCGGCCGCGUUUGCCGCUGUCGGAAAGAGUUUGGCGGGCAACUUUGCAGACGACCUGAGCAAGCGGCUCGGCGAGGCCUCCUGGAGCGCCAAGCCUGGCGACAAGCCAUCAGUGGACGGAGACUCGCCCGUACCGCGGAUCAUAUACUCGUCACGCACGCAUUCUCAGCUGGCUCAAGCGAUCAAAGAAUUGCAAUGCACGUCCUACAAGCCGAUUGCCAGCAUCAUCGGGUCGAGAGAGCAAAUGUGCAUUCACCCUGAGGUGUCUCAAGUGCACAUCCAGUCUGUGCAGGUGCACAACUGUCGCAAACUUGUGGGCUUGCACUCUUGCUCGUUCUACAACAAUCUCGAGCGAAACAAAAUGAGUCGCGAUAUCUCCAAUCAAGUGCUGGAUAUCGAAGGACUUGUCGAGUUUGGACGCGAGGAAAAAGUCUGCCCAUACUACUUGUCCCGGCAAUUGCAAAACCGCGGCGAAAUCAUCUUUAUGCCCUACAAUUACUUGCUCGAUCCAACGGCGCGGAAGGCGGCAAAUCUCAACCUUGCCAACUCGAUCAUUAUUUUUGACGAAGCACACAACCUGGAAAGCAUUUGCGAAGACUCUGCGUCCUUCCAGUUGACCUCACUCGAUAUUGCCAUGGCGAUCAGCGAGGCGCAAUCAUGCCACGAUCUUGUAUCAGAUGCCAAGUACAUUGGCAGUAUCGAGCCGGACGAUCUUCUCCUUUUGAAAAAGGUACUCUUGCGCAUUGAAAGUGCGAUUGCAGAAACACCCCUGCACCCGCAAGACGGAUUCACAGCCCACGGCACGUUUAUUUUCGACUUGUUUCGAUCGUUCAACUUGACCUUUGAGACUUUCUCCCCCGUUCUCGAAUUGAUCAACUCGGUCAUUGAGGCUCUUGCUGAAGCUCGCGGAACUCGAACGUCUGCAUCGAUAUCCCUUUCCAAGUUUGCCGACGUCCUCAAAACAAUGUUUACCGAAGAGAACAAAGUGAACAUGGAUGGUAUUCGCAAGUACUACCGGUGUCAUAUUGGACAAGAAGCUGCAAAACCGGUUACCAAGGCCUCGUCAGGCUGGGGAAGCACCGUCCAUGUUGCACCAAGCGCCGCUGGACGGACGCUCAGCUUUUGGUGCUUCUCACCCGGCUUUGCGAUGCGCGACUUGACCAAGAUUGGUGUUCGCUCCAUCAUUUUGACGAGUGGUACCCUGUCGCCAUUGGCGUCGUUUGGCGCAGAAAUGCAGCUGCCAUUCCCAAUCACUCUGGAAAAUCCCCACGUCAUUAGCAAGUCGCAGCUCUGGUGCGGUGUCGUUUCGACUGGGCCCAGCAAUUGCAACUUGAAUUCGUCCUUCAAGACUCGCAGCGACGAAAGCUACCUGACCGACCUGGGCAGUGCGAUCGUUAACUAUGCGCGCAUCGUUCCCGACGGCCUGCUCGUCUUCUUCCCAUCUUAUUCUGUGAUGACGCAGUGUAUCAAUCACUGGCAGAACCGGAGUGGAACCAGUGCAAAAAACGUCUGGGAUAUGCUACACCAGCACAAGCAUGCCGUCAUUGAGCCCCGGGAGAAAAACCUGUUCCCUUCUGCAAUCAACGAGUUCUACGCCAAGGUUCGAGACCCCACCAUUCGAGGGGCCGUUUUCUUUGCUGUGUGCCGAGGCAAAGUCAGCGAAGGCUUGGAUUUUGCCGACAUGAAUGGCCGAGCCGUCAUCAUCACGGGCAUCCCGUACCCAGCCCUGCACGACCCGCGAGUAAAGAUAAAAAAGCAAUACCUCGACGAGAACAAGGCCGAGAAUCUCAAAUCGGGCAUCGCGGCCAUCAAUGGAAUCGAGUGGUACAACCAAACUGCAGCUCGAGCGGUCAACCAAGCCAUCGGUCGCGUCAUUCGUCACCGGUCUGACUAUGGCGCCAUUAUAUUGUGUGAUUCACGUUUUGCUGCCCCUGGCACUAUCGCGCAGCUUCCUUUGUGGGUUCGCCCCUAUGUGAAGACGUGCAAGAAUUUCGGUGAUUCGCUUGCACAGCUGGCACAGUUCUUCAAGACGGCCAAAGCCGACGUGUCGCUUCAUGCAAAACCGGCCGCUGGAGCGCCCAUCUUGGUGCCAGAAUACGACGUUGAGAUUUCUUCAUCUUCCGCGCCCCGCGGUGGCGUUCUGUCUGGCGCCACGACGACUGCAUCGAGCCGCAGCGCUGCAUCUGCAUCUACUUCUACGACGGCGCUUGCAUCAUCAGCAUCAUCAUCCAGCAAUACCAACGUGGCUGCAAGAAAUGUCAAGUCGGCUUUCGCGUUUGCCACAGCGUUGCAGUCUUCUUCUGCUGGUCCUGUCUCAGAUGCAACAGCGACAAGCAGGCCUGCGGCAAAUGCAGGGAGUGCCAGUUUUGUGCUGGGUCAACUCACCGACCGCACCAAGCCGCGCUCUCUCCGUGAUUCGUUGAACUACGUUGCGGCGCCCGCCAUUCCAGCUCCUGCGACGACCGUGUCUGCGACACGACGCUUUGGUAGCGUUGCUGGAACGUCCACCAGCGCAGCAGCACCUGGUCUUGGCACAGGGUCGCGUCUAUCGCUCGCAGAUCGGUUGAUGGCCAUCGAUCCUUCUCCUGUUAUUGUCGAGCCGUCGCCAUCCCCCAACGCCACCCUGAGCAACAGUGAGGACAGCGUCGUUUCCGUUUCAAGCACCACGGUUGCGAGACCCAAGCGUCCACAUUCGCCAACCGACGACGCUCCAUCGCUUGAAAUUGUCGAGUCCGAAGCACGUCCUCCGCCACAGCCACAGACGGAGCAGCGACCUCUGCGGCCAGCCGCUUCGAAUCCCGCUCCGCUCAGCCGGGCGAGCUCCAUUCUCGCGAUGCCGUCCACCUCGACUUCAUCGUCAUCAUCGACAACAGCACCCGCGCAGCCAACCGCCCAAACCUUCCUUGCAAAGGUACUGGCCGUGCUACAGCCCGCUGAGCGCCGCGAAUUCUCCGCACUCCUCUCGACUUACAAGACUGGGGGCGAUGUGACGCAGCUGGCGGUCGGAGCGAAGCGUAUCUUUGCUGGCGCUUCGGGAACGAUUGAGUAUGCGCGCCAAAAGCUGCUGCACGAGCUUCGGUCGUUUGUGAAACCAAACCAACGGCUGGAAUUUGAUGCGAUCGUUGGAUCUGCGCCGUCCGCCGCACAGCGGGACAUUGUGACGGGUCUUCCUGCGCAGCGAAUGCCGAAAAAGCGUCGACUUCAGUCGUUUGGCGACGGCUUGCUCGACGUUUCUGCCCCUCCCAUCACGGAUCCAGUCCAAAUGGAUGUUGCCAAUGAUGGCCAACACACAGCAGCUGCACCGACCGACCUGCACGAAACCGGCAUUCAGGCGCAGGCGCCUAGCGGUGGACCGGCCAAUCCUUCGACCAUUGUGAGCGUUUUGAGCGCGGCCACCCCUUCAACCAAUGUUGCUGUGCAUGAUGACUCCAACGAUGAAGAAGAACCCGUUGAAAGUGCCGUGGAUGGGCUUGCUUCGACCGUUCACGCUGCAACAGCAACCAAUCCCACCUGUCCCGUUUGCUUGGCGCCGCCCAAACAUCCAUUUACCGCUCGAUGCGGUCAUAUUUGCUGCCACGGCUGCUGGAUGGAAGUCCUCAAGAAGGCACUGGAGUGUCCCGUCUGCCGCCAGCGUACGCGUGUCAAGCAGCUCACCAAGUUGUACUUUUAGUUCUAUGUUUUCUUCUGUGUGCUGUUGGAUGGAAGGGGAGAUUUUUGUUGCAGUUCUGUUGAAGCCUUGUUUACGAGAUUGUACCAUAGACGUUUAUUGUACUGUAUUCUUGCC